UGAAUUCUCCAUGCAAGUCAACACCUUCUCCCUCUUUAAAUUAAACCUCUCUCUCUCUCUCUCUCUCUCUCUUUGAUUUCCUCCGUCGUGCACUCUGAGAUUUGCACGGCGGAUUACUGCGCUUUCAGCGCCACUAGUGAUACAGUUCUACAACAUGGACAAGUUCAACUUUGUUAGAGAUGGAGAGAGCAAGCUGCCCCCUGGAUUCCGUUUCCAGCCCACCGAUGAAGAGAUCGUUUUUCAGUACUUGGCGCGUAAAACAUUUUCGUAUCCGUUGCCUGCUUCAGUCAUCCCAGAAAUCAACGUUUUCAGCUUUCAUCCGUGGGAGUUGCCAGGUAAUUCGGACCAAGACAGGUACUUUUUUAGCCACCUGCGCGAAAGCAGUUACCGGAGCGUUAACAGAAGCAGCAGAACAACUUGUGGGGGUUACUGGAAGAUCACUGGUUCAGAUAAACAAAUUGUCUGCUUGAAGAGGAUGCCGAUUGUGGGGAUCAAAAGGACACUAGUGUUCUACAAGGGGAAGCAUCCUCGCGCUGUUAGGACUGAUUGGUUCAUGCAUCUCUACUGCAUUGCACUUUCGGGGAAUGUAGCUUGCAAUAUCCAGCAGAAAAGGAGUUCUCAGGGAUCUUCGGUUCAAAUAGGAAAAUGGGUUUUGUGCCAUGUGUUUACGAAGAAAAGGGGGACUAAAGCUGAGGUUGAUAGUAACAGUAGGCGUAGGAAUUAUGAUUUCAUGAUAACAGGAGAGACAAGCGAUACAGAUUCUUCGUCUGCUUCGUCAUCAUCAUAUUCUUGUGAUUCCGAUUCUAGUGCUGUCAGCGAGGUCUCUUCAAAUACUGCUAACAGUGAAACUAAUAGCGGCCGUAAUGUUUAAUGUAUUUAUAUUUCUGCAUCUUGCUAUUGAACAAGCGUUCUGAAGUAGCAACGCUCGUUGAAAUUAAUUGUUCGCAUCUCAAUAAAGGAAUUCUUGUCGAGAUAUU